AUGCUAAACAUAUUGCCUUACCCAUUUAAUAAAUAUGAUUUUUUUUUUCAGGAUGUGUUGAAAUCGUCACCCAAGUUUGCCUACCCGUGUGAGAUAGACUGUGGCAAUGUUGACCAUUUUACCUUUGUGUUUACUGAUAUUGAGGGUCUAUUUAAAUUUGGUUUUUGUCGUCAUACACCUGGAGCUCAAACUACUUUAUGUAUAAUCAGUUGUUUACCAUGGUUUGAAAUAUUUUAUAAAUUGUUAAAUAUGAUAGCUGAAAUACUCAACCGAUCAGAAUUAAAUUCUGUUGUUCCGUUGUUAGAAGAGACGUAUAACCUGGAGAUUCCAAUGCCAAAAGUUCCUGUUACUAUAGUAGCAAAUCAGGAGGUAAUUAUUCCAUUGAAUUUCUCGCGCCUGUUUUUUAGUGGUCCCGAUCCAAAUCAACUGCCAUGUAUUCCUUCCAGUAGAAAUUUAACUGAAUAUUACAAUGCAAUAGAUACUCAUAACAUGAUGAUAAUAUUUGCGCAUAUGUUAAAUGAAAGAAGAAUUUUAGUCACAAGUAAAAAGCUCAGUCGAUUAACAUCCUGUAUCCAUGCUGCAGAGGCAUUACUAUAUCCCAUGAACUGGCAGCAUCUAUUUAUACCUGUUUUACCUGCUCAUGGUAAUUUAAUAGAAUAUGUUAGUGCUCCAAUGCCCUAUUUAAUAGGGGUUCAUUCCAGCCUUUUACCGAAAGUAUUAAAGAUGGAGAUAGGAGAUGCUGUGAUUGUGGAUGCUGAUAGAAACACAGUCCAGACCUGUCAUGAAGAUUUCCAGAAUCUUCCAGAAGAUGUGAAGUGUCUAAGACCAGACAAGUUGAAGAAUUCCAUGAUGGAGUCAGGUGAUGCCAUUUCUAAAGCUUUUCUUCAAACUCUUGUUAGAUUAAUAGGUGGUUACAGAGAUGCCUUGAGAUUCCGAACUGGUGAACCUAUAACCUUUGACCCUGAAUCAUUUGUGGUAUCAAGAAGUGAUAUGCAGGCAUUUCUCCAGAAUAUGUUACAAUUACAAAUAUUUCAACAGUUUAUCAACAACAGACUAGAUAUGUUGAACACUGGUUAUGGUUUUUCGGAUAUUUUUGAACAAAUGUCGUUAAUGUAUGCCGACAAAUUGAAUACUCAGUCUAAAUAUAAAGAAUGGCAGACGCAGAUGAAGGUAGGACUCUAUUUUUAG